UGUACUGCAGCAUUCUUGCCACUGCGGGGAAGCGGCUGAAAGAAAAUGGCUGGCCAGGAAGAUCCAGUACAGAGAGAGAUUCACCAGGACUGGGCGAAUCGGGAAUACAUCGAAGUUAUCACGAGCAGUAUCAAGAAGAUAGCUGAUUUUCUUAAUUCUUUCGAUAUGUCGUGCAGGUCCCGAUUGGCAACUUUGAAUGAAAAGCUGACGGCAUUGGAGAGGAGAAUUGAGUAUAUUGAAGCAAGGGUGACGAAAGGGGAGACAUUGACUUAGAGCUGAACUGUGGACUGAGGACAACAACUCUGCAAAUGAGUGGCCACCAGACAUAUAUUUUUUCUUUUGAUUUUAUUUAAUUAUUUUAAAUGAAAUGUAUAUUUUAGAUCUGCAAUUGUUUGUAUGGGACCACUGUGGAGUCCUAAAUGACUGUUCAUUCAAUAUUUUUAAGCCCAAUGGUGUCUGUUGCAGAACACUCGGACCACUGUUUUCUAUAAUGGGUUCUGUCUGCUUGUGUCUCUGCUUUCGUGACUCAUACUUCCAUCUGCACAAAAAGUAAAUGUUAAUCUGAUCUACUCUGAAACAGGUUGAUGGUCUAAAACUAAGGUCUAAAAGCAGCUGAAGCACAUGGUAUUGAGAGAGGUUAUGCAUAGCUGAACACUACCAGUGGAGUGAGAUGAGAGACACUUCAUUUAUGCCACAAAGAUGCGCAUGUUAAUGUGUGCUAUUGGAUGUGUGUUAUUUACCCUUCUUGCCCUGCUUUUCUGCAUGAAAGUGAAUACAUUAAGAAAUGCUGGCCCUUUUCCUUGUAAAAUAUGCCAAUGGGAAACACUGGAGGCAUGUGUUGUGGAGAAUCCUGAAUGAUAAAUUCCAAUGCAGACAGAGGAGGGAAUGUCCCAAAGUGCCAACUUUACAGUUAGUCUGUGUCUCUGUAUUUUCUCUU